UAAAAAAAAAAGAAGAAAAAUAGGACAAUUUGUUUAACCCAAAUUCGAAUUGAGAAGACAAAGCUAACGAGUUUUAUGCGCCUAUCAAUCUCCUCACUGCCGUCAGUUAGGAGUCGGAGUGUAGCGGUGGAUAGCAUUAAGUGCUAAAGCUGUACUUGGAUUACACGGAGAAAAACAGCACGCUGCAAUCAUGUCAAGCGAGGAGAUGUUAUACGCAAAGGGCUCCAAGAUUUGGAUACCCCAUGCGGAGGAAGUGUGGGAGAGCGCCACGUUGUUGGAGAGCUAUUGCAAGGGUGCCUGCUUUUUGAAACUGCAAACCGAAACGGGUGCCUUAACAGAGAUUAAACUGAAGAAGGAUGGAAGUGAUUUACCACCGUUGCGCAAUCCUGCCAUUCUGGUUGGCCAAAACGACUUAACCACCUUGUCGUAUCUGCACGAACCGGGCGUUCUCUACAAUCUGCGCGUGCGUUUCUGUGAGCGACAAAUAAUAUACACAUAUUGCGGCAUCAUUCUGGUGGCCAUCAAUCCGUAUGCGGAUCUACCGCUCUAUGGACCCAACAUUAUACGCGCGUAUCGCGGCCAUGCCAUGGGCGAUCUGGAGCCGCACAUAUUCGCGCUAUCAGAGGAGGCCUACACAAAACUGGAGCGUGAAAACUGCAAUCUCAGCAUCAUUGUCAGCGGCGAAUCGGGCGCAGGCAAAACCGUUUCGGCUAAGUAUGCGAUGCGUUACUUUGCCGCCGUUGGCGGAUCCGAAUCGGAGACACAGGUCGAGCGCAAGGUGUUGGCAUCUUCACCGAUCAUGGAGGCCUUUGGCAAUGCGAAGACCACUCGCAAUGACAACAGCUCUCGUUUCGGUAAGUUCACCAAGCUGCUGUUCACGAACAAAAUGGGCGUGAUGUAUCUGCAAGGUGCCACGAUGCACACGUAUCUGCUGGAGAAGUCCCGGGUCGUCUACCAGGCGCAGGGCGAACGCAACUAUCAUAUCUUCUAUCAGCUGUGUGCGGCGCGUGCCAAGUAUCCUGAAUUAGUGCUGGAGCAUCAGGAUAGCUAUCAAUUCUUGAACAUGGGAGGUGCGUCCGAUAUUGAACGUGUCUCCGAUGCGGAUCAGUUCAAUGAAACUGUGCAGGCAAUGACUGUCCUGGGUUUUUCGAUACAACAGAUCGCGGAUAUUGUUAAAAUACUCGCUGGCAUUCUGCAUUUGGGCAACAUUGAGGUGUCCAAAAAGUACAAGGAUGGUAGCGACGAGGAGGACACCGAAUCUUGUGAUAUAUUUCAAAAUGAUUUGCAUUUGCAAGUGACUGGGGAUCUGUUGAAGAUUAAUGCUGAUGAUUUGCGUCGCUGGCUAUUGAUGCGUAAGAUAGAGUCGGUUAAUGAAUAUGUGCUGAUACCGAACAACAUCGAGAUGGCAAUGGCCGCUCGCGAUGCUCUGGCCAAGCACAUCUAUGCGAAGCUCUUUCAGUAUAUUGUCGGUGUGCUGAACAAGAGCUUGUAUAACGGUAGCAAACAGUGCAGCUUCAUUGGCGUGCUCGAUAUCUACGGCUUCGAAACGUUCGAAGUGAACUCGUUUGAACAGUUUUGCAUAAACUAUGCGAACGAAAAGCUCCAGCAGCAAUUCAACCAGCACGUCUUCAAGCUUGAACAGGAAGAGUAUCUCAAGGAGGGAAUCACAUGGACCAUGAUCGACUUUUAUGACAAUCAGCCCUGCAUUGAUCUAAUUGAGUCGCGCCUUGGUGUGCUCGAUCUGCUCGACGAGGAAUGCAGAAUGCCCAAGGGCAACGAUGAGAACUGGGCCGGUAAACUUGUAGAAAAGUGUUCCAAGUAUCCGCAUUUUGAAAAGCCACGAUUUGGAACCACAAGUUUCUUCAUAAAGCACUUUUCGGACACGGUGGAAUACGAUGUAAAUGGAUUUUUGGAGAAGAACCGAGACACGGUGUCCAAGGAGCUGACUAAUGUGAUGGCCCAGUCGAACAUGCUGCUGUGCAAACAAGUCAUGAUACUCGAAGAGGUGGACACUCUCAGCACGGAUGCCAAUAAGAGCACCACCACUCUGGGCGGUCGCGUUGUAAUCAGCGCGAAUCGUAAACAGCAACUCAAUGAGACGCGUCGAAGAGUUGUGCCAUCGAAACAGCACAAGAAAACUGUAGGCUCACAGUUCCAGGAGAGUCUGGCCUCGUUGAUUUCAACACUGCAUGCAACAACACCGCAUUAUGUGCGCUGCAUCAAGCCCAAUGAUGACAAGAUUGCCUUUAAGUGGGAGACGGCGAAGAUAAUUCAACAGUUGCGCGCGUGCGGCGUGCUGGAAACUGUGCGCAUCUCAGCCGCUGGUUUUCCAUCGCGUUGGCUAUAUCCCGAUUUUUAUAUGCGAUACCAAUUGCUGGCGCAUCGCAAUCAAAUCGAUAAGAACGACAUGAAGCAAUCGUGCCGCAAUAUUGUGCUGAAGUGGAUACAGGACGAGGACAAGUAUCGAUUUGGUAAUACGCAGAUCUUCUUUAGAGCCGGACAGGUGGCUUAUCUGGAGCAGGUGCGCGCCAAUCUCCGCAAGAAGUACAUCACCAUUGUGCAGUCGGUAGUGCGUCGCUUCAUUAAGCGACGUCGCUAUCUAAAACUUCAGGCUAUCGUCCAUGGCCUACAGCGCUAUGCACGCGGCUAUAUGGCGCGAAUGCGUGCCCAGAAAUUGAGAGAGGUGCGCGCCGCUCUCAUCCUCUCCAAGUAUGCACGCGGCUGGCUUUGCCGGCGUCGCUAUUUGCGUCUGUGCCACUCGGUCGCUGGUAUACAGCAGUAUGCUCGUGGCAAGCUAGCGCGGAACAGGUUCAUUGCCAUGCGGGAUCACUUUAGGGCCGUCCAGAUACAGCGAUUUGUACGCGGUGUCCUUGCACGUCGCGCUUAUCAAAAGCGCCGGCGGAGCAUCAUCAUUUGCCAGGCGGCGGUGCGCCGCUUCUUGGCACGUCGCCAGUUCAAACGUAUGAAGGCCGAGGCAAAGACCAUAUCGCACAUGGAGAAUAAGUACAUGGGCUUGGAGAACAAGAUCAUUUCGAUGCAGCAGCGCAUCGAUGAGCUCAAUCGGGACAACAGCAAUCUGAAGCACAAGACCAGCGAGAUUAGUGUGCUAAAAAUGAAGCUGGAGAUGAAGAAAAACUUGGAACAAGAGUUCAAGACCAUAAAGGCCGCCUGUCUGGAUAAGGAUAAGUUAAUUGAGGCGCUCAAUAAGCAAUUGGAAUCGGAGCGCGAUGAGAAAAUGCAACUACUGGAGGAAAACGGACACUCGCAAGAGGCUUGGGCCCAACAGAAGCAGCAGUGGGGCAUGGAAAACGAGGAGUUGCGCAAGCAAGUCGACUCCAUGAUCGAAAUGGCCAAAAAUGCCGAGGGCAAUGAGCGGGAGCGCGAGGAGCGCAUGUUAGCUGAAAUCGAUAACAAAGAGCUAAACGAAGCCUAUCAGCGUGCCAUCAAGGACAAGGAGGUGAUUGAAAACGAGAACUACACGCUCAAGGAGGAGCUGAGUCGCUUCCAGCAACAGCAUAAUGGGAUCAGCGCCUAUGAUAUGCGUCACACACGCUCCGCCAGCAAUGCAUCCAGCCAGAAUGAGGAUGACGUUGGCUAUGGCUCCGCCAGGAAUACGCUUGACAUCAAUAGAUCGUCAGAUUUGAUGAACAAGAACGAUUCAUUCUUUGACAGCACAAGCAUUGUGGUGAAGCUGCGCUCCAUACUCGAGGAGGAGAAGCAGAAGCAUAAGAGCCUACUGGAACAGUACAUGAAACUGGCAAGUCGCAAUAAGCCCACUGAGGAUUCGUUCCGCGUCUCCGAGCUUGAGGUAGAGAAUGAGAAACUUCGCAGCGACUACGAUCAGCUGCGCACGAGCAUUAAGCACGGCGUUGAAAUCAACGAGCUCAAUGCACAACAUGCCGCACUGCAGGAGGAGGUGCGUAGACGGCGCGAGGAAUGCAUUCAAUUGAAGGCGGUUCUAUUGCAACAGAGCCAAUCGCUGCGCUCCAUUGAGCCAGAGAGUUUCCAGUUACGCGGCAAUGAUGCAAGCAAUGUGCAUGAGCUAAUGGAGGCAUUCCAAUCACAGAAAUUGGUGAACAGGCAACUGGAAUCGGAGCUAAAGGCCAUCACUGAGGAGCACAACAGCAAGCUGGUGGAAAUGACGCAGUCUAUCGAGAGGCUCAAUUUGGAAAAGGACGAAAUGCAAGAGGUGCUGUUCAAGAGCAUCGAUGAGUUCGAAGAGGCAAAUGUGGAUACACUGAAGCAGAACGAUCGCUAUUUGCGGAUGGAACUGAAGAAGGCCAUAACACAGUACCUGCUGGUGCAGGACGAGCUCAGGCUAGCCAAUGCCAAGCUGAAGGCAUACAGGCAGGAUGGCGGCAAGCUGGAGCACAAGCUGGAGGAGGAAAUGAUACGCAACAAGGCGGCCAACAGCAAUAGCAAUGACGUGGGAGCCAAUGUAACCAAACAGAAGUCUCAAAAUCCGCUUGGCCUCAUGAAGUUCCACAACAGUGAUCUGGAUAAAAUCUUGCAGCGUCUGCUCAGCAGUCUAACACCCCGAACUGUGGUUGGUCUGUUGCCCGGCUUUCCAGCCUAUCUCAUCUUUAUGUGCAUACGUUACACUGAUCUGACCAAUGCCGAUGAGGAUGUGCGCGAGCUGCUUAGCAAAUUUGUAAUGCAAAUCAAGAAAAUGCAUAGAACACCGCAUCCAAUUGAGAAUCGCGUCAUUUGGUUGGUCAACUCAAUAACGCUACUGAAUUUAUUAAAGCAAUACGGCGAUGUUGAGGAAUAUGUUAAAUUUAAUACGGAGAAACAAAAUCAACAACAGCUAAAGAAUUUCAAUCUUUACGAAUACCGUCGCGUAAUACUCGAUCUAAUUGUGAAUCUGUAUCAAGCGCUUGUCAUGCAGAUACAGGGACUACUCGAUCCCAAGAUUGUGCCGGCCAUAUUGAACAAUGAUGAGAUUCAGCGUACUCGACAUGCGCACGGGAUGCGCAAUAGGAACACUGAUGCCACAUCAUCGCCAGAACAUGGGAAUGUGCCCGCUUGGAAGCAGCUGAUUGGCCAGCUGGAGCAUUUCUAUAAGCAAUUCCAGCACUUUGGACUAGAUAGCAUCUAUGCUGAGCAGAUAUUCAGCCAAUUGUUAUACUUUGUCUGCGCCGUUGCGCUCAAUUGUUUGAUGCUCCGUGGAGACAUUUGCAUGUGGGAGACAGGUAUGAUAAUACGCUAUAAUCUGGGCUGCAUUGAGGAUUGGGUGCGCGACAAGAGGAUGUCAAAUGAGGUGCUGUCGCCACUAGCGCCCCUUAAUCAGGUAUCGCAGCUGUUGCAGUCCCGUAAGAGUGAGGAGGAUGUGCAAACGAUUUGCGAUCUAUGCACAUCGCUGAACACCGCCCAGGUUCUCAAGGUUAUGAAGUCAUACAAGUUGGAUGACUACGAAAGCGAAAUAACCAACGUAUUUCUGGACAAGCUAACACAGAAACUCAAUGAACGUCAAAUGCCGAAGAGCGACGAGUUUACAAUGGAUCAAAAGUUCAUUCAUCCGUUCAAGGUGGUAUUCAAGUACAGCGACAUUAAACUGGAGGAGAUCGAGUUGCCGCCGCAUUUAAAUCUCGAUGAAUUCCUCACAAAAAUCUAAUAAUUGCCAUUUGACGUGAUUGCAAUUGUUUUCUAUAUUUUUUUGUUUUGUAAUAUAAGAGUCUUAGCUGAAUGUAGGUGAUGAAUUUUCAAAUUGUAGUUCCUGUUUAGCUUAAAUCAAACUCCCCUGCUGACCCUCCACAAUCCGCUUUGCCCGCCGUUUUGCCAAGUUUUAGUUGUUUUGUAGCUAUAAAUGAGAGUGUUGAAAGAAGGUUUCGAACCAAUGCAAUAUUUACACGUGCCGGGAGUUUAACUCCCAAAAAAAAAAAAAAAACUGCAUUCCUAAGUUGCAAUAAAAAAGUGAACCUUGUACCUUAAAUUAUACAUAUAUAAUACUUAUAUAGAAAAUGUACUUAACGUAACAUGAUAAUGUUAUAUAAAUGAAUGUAUACAAAGGCCGAUUUGUUGCCUUAAAACCGUUUGCAAUACAGAGACUUGUACGUGUUAAGAUAAUAAGUACUUCUUAUAUAUAUACACAUACAUAUAUUCGUAUCGAUGCUGUAUUCAAUUUAUGUAUUCUCAUAUUUUUUGUAACUUAUGUAUUAGCGUGAUUCAAAGAGCGGAACCCCAAAAAUAAGCAAAAACAAAAGAAUCCAUGCAAAUUUAACUGUUCGCAUUUGUUUGAAAUAUGCUAAAUAUUUAUAUUAAAUACAUACACAUGUACAAUUAAUUUAAACAGAAGAAUUUGUACAAAGGCGAAAUGAACGCUUCAAAUAAAGCUGUUAGCAAAUAACCGA